AUGGGGACUUCUCUCUCUGUCCAGGACGGCUUCAAGCUUCAACGAAAGGUACAGAAGACGAGCUUUCUUAUUUUGGAAGCUCAAGGAGCGAAGACAAAAGCGAGACUGAAUGAUUAUGGAGGAACAGUCAUGGAGAUGUCCAAUCCCUCAUAUACCCAAAAGACAGUCAAACUGUUUUCUUCAGCUCUCAGACGGACUCUACGGUCGGGCGCCGCGGGAUUCUCUGUGGCAGCAACAGCAAGUGUACAGCAGAGGCCAUACAAGCAGAAUAUUGGUGCCGGUCGUCUUGGGAGUGCGGAGAGAAAGAUGCAUAGCAAGGUUGUCAUCAUUGGCUCCGGCCCUGCAGCGCAUACAGCGGCUGUCUACCUCGCUAGGGCGGAGUUGAAGCCUGUUCUCUAUGAAGGUUUCCUUGCGAACGGAAUUGCGGCCGGUGGUCAAUUAACAACGACCACCGAUGUAGAGAACUACCCAGGCUUUCCAGACGGAAUUGGUGGUUCAGAGCUGAUGGAAGCCAUGCGCAAGCAGUCCGAGAAAUUCGGCACCCAAAUCAUAACCGAAACCGUAGCCAAAGUUGAUCUCUCCAAGCGACCCUUCAAGUACUGGAACGAAUACGCCGAAGACAAAGAGCCUAACACCGCAGAUGCAAUCAUCAUUGCUACCGGUGCUUCCGCUCGCAGACUCGGCCUCCUGGGAGAAGAGAAAUACUGGCAGAACGGAAUCUCGGCCUGCGCAGUCUGCGACGGCGCCGUGCCGAUCUUCAGAAACAAGCCAUUGGUGGUCAUUGGCGGCGGAGACUCUGCGGCUGAAGAGGCUAUGUUUUUGACGAAAUACGGGUCCCAUGUUACGGUUUUGGUUAGAAAAGAUUAUCUAAGGGCUUCCAAGACGAUGGCGAACAGGCUGCUGGCAAAUAAAAAGGUGACCGUUAGGUUCAACUGCGAGGGUGAGGAGGUCAAGGGCGAUGAUCGCGGAUUGAUGAGCCAUAUGGUUAUCAAGGACUCGAAGACUGGCAAGCUGGAGACUAUUGAGGCAAAUGGGUUGUUCUACGCUGUGGGGCAUGAUCCAGCAACUGCGCUUGUCAAGGGCCAGAUUGAGACUGAUGAGGAGGGAUAUAUUGUCACCAAGCCAGGCACGAGUUAUACCAACAUCGAGGGCGUGUUCGCCGCUGGUGAUGUGCAGGACAAGAGAUACCGACAGGCAAUUACUAGCGCCGGUUCUGGAUGCAUAGCCGCUCUCGAAGCCGAGAAGUUCCUUGCCGAGCUGGAGGACGAGAACACACUCGAGGCGGAGAAAGGUGCCGAGAAGGGCAACAACGUGGUCGUUCCCGAGUACCGAUCCAACCCUCUCCUAUAG